CACGCAUAUUUGUCUCGUUUUGAAAGGGAUUAGCAUCCUGGAAUUCAUUAAACUGGAAUAAUAAGUACAGUGCUUAGUGAACACAUCUGUUCACUAAUUCUGUAUUUGCAAGCUCUGAAACAAUGGCGGACGAGGUCGUUCUGCUAGACAAGAAUGCCAGCAUGUUCGGGAUGAGAGUUAGGAUAGCCUUGGGAGAGAAGGGGAUCAAGUACGAGUCCAAGGAGCAAGACUUGAUCAACAAGAGUCCUCUUCUUCUUCAGAUGAACCCGGUUCACGAGAAGAUCCCCGUUCUCAUCCACAAUGGAAAGCCAAUCUGUGAGUCCCUCAUCAUUGUUCAGUACAUCGAUGAGGUCUGGAAGGAUAACUCUCCUCUGCUUCUUCCCUCCGAUCCUUACGAGAGAGCUCAAGCUAGGUUUUGGGCUGAUUACGUCGACAAGAAGUUUUAUGAUUCUUCGAGGAAGAUAUGGACCACAAAAGGAGACGAGCUGGAGGCAGCAAAGGAGGAGUUCAUAGGAAUCCUAAAGGUCUUAGAGGAUCAGCUUGGUGACAAGCCAUACUUUGGAGGGGACAAAUUUGGGUUUGUUGAUAUUUCUUUGAUCACUUUCUAUAGCUGGUUUUACACCUACGAGACGUUUGGAAAUUUCAGUAUUGAAACUAGGUUGCCCAAGCUCAUUUCAUGGGCCAAGAGAUGCAUGCAGAAGGAGACUGUGUCCAAGUCCCUUGCCGACGAGAAGGAAGUUUAUCUACAACUUCGUUGUCAUGUUGAGUAGAGUGUUCAAUAGGAUGUUGUACCUUAAUAUAUUGUGUGAUCUAUUGCACUUUAUCUGACUAUAUUACAUCUUUGAAUCAAAAACGACUUGCUGAUAUUGUGUACCUGAUCGAAGAGUCUCUUACGCAGCUUGUUUUUAGUUUCUUCCUUAUGCCAAAGUGGCACUUAAGGAACUACCUUGUAUAGUAUCAUCUUCAGAUUUACUGAUGUAAUAAGUUCAUUAAUGAAAGUAUAUAAUUGAUUUGUCUUC